AUGGUUGCCGACUGGCGCGAUGCCUUCGCCGCUCGGACAAUUCCGACUCCGAAACGACGUGGGAAGUACUCAGAACAUGAUUACCUAUACGGCCGCUUCGCUGCUUCAAAAUUCCUUGAUGACAUUGUUCCCGACUACCGCCUCGCUCACCUCCGCUUCAUCCAGCUAGUGGUUCCGCCCUACGUCCACUACGUGUGGCCGCAAAACGACCGCGACGAGCUGGUGGAAUGGGGCGACACCAUCGGGCGGAUUCGGGGCAAGAUCAGUCUGCGUGCGCUUACCACCGUUUCGUCAUGGCCGACGCGGUCCGCAAACCGUGCGGCCGCGGCGGUCCCGCGGAACGGAAGGGGGCCAACAUCCUGA